AAAAGAAAGUUGGUAUGUAGAAAUUCGAAAUAAAUCGCAGUAUAUGUAGAAUUAUUUUUCUAUGAAGUAUGAAGAAAGUUAAAAAGACCUGGGAGGUCAUUCUGUCGAUUCAUUGAAAUUUCAACAUAAUACACAUACAUUUCUUUGAGUUCCAAAGACCUUCUGUAAAUUUUGACCUGCCAAUCUUCAUUAUUUAGUGUCUUGCAGAAGUCUAUGCACUGGCUAUGAAACAAAUUGCCAACUCACUUUCCCUUAGUAAUGGACCUUUAAAGUAGUGAACAAAUAAAUGAACAAAGCUUUAGAUAAAUACGUACAAACCGACGCUAAUCAGAGCACAAUUUGAGCACGGAAUUUGAUUCAAGAGCGAUUUGGUUUCUGACAAGUCAAGAUGUCUCAGAUCCCGCUAAAUGGUGUUCCUUCUACCCACGAAGAAGGUCGUUUUAAACAUGCAGCCGUUGCCGCCGACUCUCCAGAAAGUUCGGAAGUUGGAACAUCCAUCAUGAAGGACGAAGGCGGCAGCGCUGUAGAUGCAGCAAUUGCAGCUGUGUUGUGUUCAGGAGUUGUUAAUGCACACAGUUGUGGUAUUGGAGGAGGAGCCAUUAUAACAUAUUACAAAAGAUCAACAGGAAAAGUGUAUACAAUCAUUGGAAGAGAGCAGGCGCCAGCGGCACUUCAACCUGACGUGUUUAUAGAUGAUCCUAUCUCUAAACGACUUGGUGGACUGUCGAUUUGUACACCCGGAGAAAUUUUGUGUUUAUAUGAGGCAUGGAAAUUAGGCGGCCGGUUACCAUGGAAACAAUUAUUUCAGCCAGCAAUUGAUCUAUGUAAGAAGGGAGUUACAGUUAGGACAGCUCUUGCAAAUGCUAUAGACGAGAUUGUAAAGAAUGACAAACUUUGUUUGAAAGAGAAAGUACCAGAUUUCAUACAUUUCUUGACCAACCCUGAAACUGGGGAAAUAUACAAAAAAGGUGACAUGAUGUACAGACCGGCUUUGGCUAAAACAUUGGAGACAAUUGCAAACGAUGGACCAGAUUGCUUUUACAAAGGAAAUCUAACGGAUGACAUUAUUGCAGAUAUAAGAGAAAAAAAUGGGAUAAUUUCAAAGGAAGAUCUGGCUAACUACACAGCCCCGAUAAAACCACCUAUUUCUUUAAAGCUGAAUGACGAUCUGACCAUCUAUUCUCCUCCUCUUCCAACAAGUGGAGUUUUGUAUCAAUAUAUGCUGGAUUUGUUGAAAGAUUUCAAAUUCGAUGGCUUGAGUGUCUCGACAGUAGAAAAGUCUAUAACCACGUGGCAUAGAGUUACUGAAGCGUUCAAACAUUCUGCGGCUAUUAAACAACAGCUUGGAGACAAUGAUAUUUGUACAGAAGUAAUAAAAAUGUCUAUUGACGAGAUUUUGAAAAAGACGAGAAACGAAGAUUAUGUAAAAGAUACACGUGCUCGAAUUAUCGAUACAAAAACAUUUGAUGCGGCUUACUAUGCUUCUCUGAACACUGUGAAGCAGCCCGAAGACCACGGUACUUCACACCUUUCAGUACUAGGACCUGAUGGUGAUGCUGUGUCAGUAACACACACUGUCAGUCUUUAUUUUGGCUCAAAGGUUGUUGGGACUAGAACUGGAAUUGUCUUCAAUGAUGUUCUGAGAAAUUUUUCAUUACCAAAUGUGGAAGGUAGAUAUGACUGCCCUCCAUUAAAUUCAAAUUUGGCAGAACCACUUAGGCGUCCUUUGACAGCAAUGAGUCCCAGCAUUGUUGUGGAUAAAAAUGGUGAUGUAAAACUAGUGAUUGGUGCUUCGGGCGCAACUCGUAUACCUACAUCGAUGGCACUGACUCUAAUGCAGGUUACUAUGGAAACGUUGUGGUUUAACUGGGGUAUCAAAGAAGCAAUAGACUAUCCUCGUAUUCACCAUCAGCUGUACCCACCAAAAAUAUGUUGUCAGCCAGGAUUGCCAAAGGAGCUGAUUAAUGGUCUACAAGAAAUAGGUCAUGCUGUGACGAACAUAAACUCAAUCUCCGUUGUACAGGGCAUCCUUAGAACAGGUGACGAAAUUACUGCCUACAGUGACUACAGAAAAGAAGGAAAAGCAAGCGGCUUUUAAAGUAUAUAACACGUUAAUAACACACAUUGUUAGAAUGAGUGAAGCUUGGUGAGGUUCUCAAUCGGAACCGAAGACAGAUCCAUAUUUAGUGGUAUACAAGAACAGACAGUUUUCUUGUAAGGUCUCUGAUGUUUAUAUGAUAAUUUAAACGCAUCAAUAGAAAUGUACCAUUAAAGUCCAAUUCUGGUGAUAUGUUUAUACCAUAUUUUAACGCAAAAUAUAUAAGAAUCGUACACAUGUAAAAACUUCUUUUUUUCAAUAUGUAGAACACUAAAUGACUCAUCAGUUUUGCCUUUUUAGUUUUGCAACCAUGCAUAUAGUCUAACUUUGCCGGGUGAUAUAACUCAACUGUUAAUGAUGAAUGUUAACAUCCGCUGCCUGGAGCCCCAAAACCGCAAAAUAUAAAAGCACAAGUUAUACCAUUUCCAAAACAUGUGAUUGUUUCAAACAAUUACCGCAUGACUUAUUUGUUUUGAUAUGAUUAGUAUUGAGAGUAUCAACCUGAAAAGCGCACGAUAGCAGCGCUCGUGCGUUGCAAGCGCAGUACACAUAACACGUGUAUACAAAAUCAAAUGAAUGAAUGAGUUGGGUUUUACGGCGAAUCGACACAAAAAGGUCAUAUAUCGCCGAGAAAAAGUUAAAUGGAUUACGUUAAUUGCAAAGCAUAUAUAAAACUAUUAAAGUAAAAGCGUAUAUACAUAUAUAGUGUAAAACAUCAAAUGCAUACAUUAAAAA